AUGGCGGUUAUCCGUCUGUAUGUCAAUGAAUAUGAGGAGGUAAAAAUGGAUGAUGAACAAUUGACAUGUGUUGGAACGCAAACUGAUCCGGUUACAUCGGACGAAGAAGAAGAGGAAGGUGGUAACCAUCUAAGUGAUCACAUGGACGAAGUAUAUAUUGAUGAUGGUGAUUGUGAACUGAAUGCACUCGAAUACGAGGAAGUGGUUUUGAAACGCUCAAGUAGCUGUCAUCGAUUGGGAUUAACAUUAUGUUAUGGUGCAACAGAUGAUAAUGAUACAGAUAUUUUUAUUAGUGAGAUUGAAGCUGGUAGUAUAGCUGACCGUGAUGGCCGUUUACGUCCUGGUGAUCAAAUUCUUCAAGUCAACGGUGAACCAAUUCAUAGUCGUCUGGAUGCAAUAGAGCAAUUUCGUUCGAAUCGAUGUGAAAUUAUGAUUUUAUUAGCACGAACCGCGCAACUUGUUGACGACGAUGAAUGUUAUGAUUUGAAUAUGACUUCGGAUCGUCGUAGCACUGGUGACGUUUGUUCAGUUGGAUUGCUCGCUGAAUCGUCAACAGUAAUGCGUAAUGAUGAUCGAGGCACGUUUACGGACGCAAAUUCGGUCAAUUCAUCCGCAUUUGAGAAGGAUUCUGGUGUUUCACGAAUGACCGAUUCGGAUGCAGAAAUACUACCACCACUGUCCGGAAGCAGCAAAGCAACAGUAAUACCGUCGUCUUCAUUGCAACAACAACAGAUUUGCAGUAGUUUAUAUAACAACAACGGUAAUAAAAACUAUGUGGAAGAAGAUAUGUUCUUAAUAAAUUCGAGUAAUGAUCGAAAACUUCGACGAUGCGAAAGCGAUGCAUCAUUGGAACGUGAGCUGGCAUCACUUCAUCGUGAAAUGGAGACAAUUCGGAUAGAGUGUGAUCGCCUCAUCUCGAAACAUAAUAGCGCUGAAAAACGCGUUGCUCAACAGGUUGCAAAAGCGAAUUCUUUAAUGAACACAAUUGGAGAAUUGAGUUGUAAAGGUGACUCACAACGUCGAGUUGACGAGACUUCGACAAGUGCAUACAAUACAGGUGGUGAGUCUUGUCGAAGUACACCGCUCAAGUCCGAUUACACACGUCCUCAAAGCAGCAGAAAUCCGACAAUUCAAAUAACUCACGUACCCACAGAGCCUGUAUAUCAUCAGUUAGACGAAGUAAAACCAGCAGCAACAACAACAACGAUGAUUCCAAGCUAUGAAACCCUUUCACGACAAAUGCCAUCUACCUCUCAGCCGUCUCACGUCAAAUUCAGAUUACCACAAUAUUCUGUUGUUCUGCGUGAACCAACAUCGAUUUGCAAGAAGAGUAGUGCCGUUCUUACUGGCACAACAACAGCAACAACGGCAGUAUCGAAUUUAGCAAAAAAAGAGAACUGCGCUUCUUCACAUGCUGCCUGUUGCAGCUAUAAGCCUGGUGAUACGAUGUAUACUUCACCCGAGAAAUUAGCUGAAACAAUAGCCCUUCAACAGAGACUUCUGCGACAAGCUAUGAUCGAACAAGCGAAUAUGCUGAAACCUCAUAAUAACAACACGUUUCAUAAAAAUAAUGAAGAGCCAUUUGAAUGGAAGAUAAAGCGAAGGUCCGAUGGGACACGAUACAUAACAAAGCGUCCGAUACGGAAUCGUCUGUUGAGGGAACGUGAGCAACAACUGAAUAAGGAGCGAACAGGUAUUAGUACAGAUGAUGACGCGAUGAGUGAGCUAAAAACUGGACGAUUUUGGAGUCGUGAAGAGAGGAAAAAACAUUUGGAAAGGGCAAAAGAACGUAAGAUGCGGCAACAUCAGAUGCUUGCCGAACGUCAGCAACGUCCAUCUGAUCAAAUGAUUGUACAGUUAUCGCAUAAGAAGAUGAUGCGACGAAAAGGUCAAAUGCUUUUCGAUAAGUUCACCACUGUUCAAGAAUUUCUUGCACAUGGCAAUCGUGAUCCAUCAACAAAUCGUGCUAAUGAUGGAAUUUUAUCGGUGACAACCGUUUAA